CGUAGGUACAUCCUUGCACCUGGCCUCAAUAAGAAUUCACAAUUAAUUUCAGGUAUCUUAAAAAGUGUAGAAUGGGAUGAAUAUGCUACAUGCAGUACACCGAUAAGAUAGUUAUAUAGCUAUAUAUGAUCACGGAGGUCACUUUGAACUUGUGACUGAGCAUAACAAAUUAAUAUACAUGUAGAUGAAGUUUAUAAAUUGAAAAAUAUGCACUGACACAUUGUUUUAAAACAUUACUCUUUAUACAAACCAGGUUCAUACUAAUCAAUGUCUUUCGAUGUUCAUUAUGUCUUUCGAUUUCGAAGGAAAGAAAUACCUUGUAACUGGUGCCGAACGUGGAAUUGGACGUGCAAUCGCUUUAACACUCGCCACGCACGGGGGCAGAGUUUAUGCUUUAAGUCUUAACAAAGAGCCACUAGAUAGUUUAAUGGCGGAACAUCCUGACAUUCAUCCAAUAGUGGCCGAUAUUGAGAACUUGGAGGAAAUACGUGAGAAACUUGCGGAUAUUGAAGUUUUAGACGGAUUAGUUAAUAACGCAGCUAUAGUUCCAACGGAAAAUAUUCCAGGUUUAGAAUGGAGCCGAGAGUUCCUACAGAAGUCGUUCAGCACAAAUGUACUAGGCUCCAUAAAUAUAAUUCAAAUAGUCGGUAAAAAGAUGGUCGAAACAGGACGUCCUGGAUCCAUUGUGAAUAUAUCAAGUUUAACUUCUCUUCAGGCACUUCCGGGUAAAUUGCCAUACUGCGUUUCCAAACAACAUCCGUGUCAAUUCCGUUAAUCCUACCCUAGUGGCAACAGAAAGAGUAAAUCAGGCGAUUAAAUCUGGGUCCCCAUUUGCUAAAGUAUUUACUUCCAGGACGCCGAUGAAACGUUUAGCGGAAGUCGAUGAGAUUGUUUCCCCUGUGUUAUAUUUGCUCAGUGAUAUGUCAUCAAUGUUGUCAGGAACUAUACAUGUCGUUGAUGGCGGAGCAAUGGCUUCGUUCGCUACCGAUACAUGAACACUUACGAAUAUAGGUACAGAGAAGUUCGUUGUCAACAGAAUGCAUAAAUAAACGGUUAUAACUAUAAUAGUACAAGAAAUCCGUGCAUAAAAAUGGGCGAAUAUUUGCACCUUCUGUGAAAAGCAUGAAACUUGGCAUAGUAUAUAUAUUAGUUAAAUAUCAUACACUUCAUUUAAGACUGGGAAGCCAAGAUGACAGCCUAAGUCCAAGAUGGCCGCCAUAAUUCAGAUUACAAAGAAAAUGACAAAACAAGAGAGUGUGUAUCCUGUAAAAAAGCUCUGGAAUAAUAAUGGAAUAUUUACUAAG